AACAUCUGCAUAGAAAAGGGGGCUGGUGUGAAUGAGGAGGAAACAAUGACCAGUAAAGAGCUGCUUUUGAGGACAUUGGAAGAGUUGGGCGAUGAAGAAUUCAGUGACUUCAAGUGGUAUUUGGAGCAGCCACACAUCCUGGAUGGCCUCCCAUCCAUCCCAAAGAGUCAUCUGGAGAAUGUAAAGAGGACAGAAACAGUAGAUAAGAUAGUACAGACCUACAGUCAGCAGUCUGUGGAGGUGGUGAAGAAAACUUUAACAAAGAUCAGCAGAAAUGAUCUGACAGAGCGAUUAUCAACCAUCAGCACAGCAGCACAAGAUGUGAAGUCUCCACGGCCCAUAACACGUUACAAAGAACAGCUUCAGUCAAACCUUCAAGUCAGGUUUGUGUGCAAACAAGAAGGAUGGACAUCAAAGAAAGAUGAGAAGAACCUGGAUGACAUCUACACUGAUCUGUACAUCACAGCUGGAGGAGAAACACACACCACCAGUCACUUCAGGCAGAUUGAAAUGGCCUCUGGAAGGCCUGCAGGAACUGAAAUUAGCAACAUCUUCACACACCCUUCUGGCAUUAAAAAGAAUAUAAGAACUGUGCUGACUGCUGGGGAGGCAGGAAGUGGUAAAACCUUCCUGGUGCACAAGUUUGUUUUGGAUUGGGCUGAAAAAAGAACCAAUCAGGAUUUAGAUCUGGUAUUUCCCUUCAUUUUUAGUGAGUUGAAUUUGCAAAAGGACAAAGAGUACAGCUUUGCCAAACUCAUCCACAUGUGUAUUCCUGAAAGUGUGCACAUCAAAGAGGAGGAGCUUAACAGCAUCUUCACAACACUGCAGACAUCAGGAAACUCAGACUUUGAAAAGAGUGAAUACAAACUUCUGUUUGUGUUGGAUGGACUGAAUGAGAGUUGCCUUCAGCUGAACUUCACUGCCACAGAAAAACUACCUGUUGAUGUGACCAAGUCCACCCCAGUUGAUGUGCUGCUGACAAACCUCAUCACAGGGUGCCUGCUUCCCUCCGCUCGUAUCUGGAUGACCACAUGGCCUGGAGAAGCCAUCUCUGCUGAUUUUAUUGAUAUGGUAACUGAGGUCAGAGGGUUUACGGAGCUACAGAGGGAGGAGUACUUCAGGAAGAGAUUCAGAGAUGAGGAGAAGGUCAGCAGGAUCAUCUCCCACAUCAAGUCAUCACCAAGCCUCCACUUCAUGUGCCACAUCCCGGUCUACUGCUGGAUCACUGCUACAGUUCUGCAGGAGGUAUUGGAGAGCAAAGAGAGAGGAGAUCUGCCGGAGACCCUGACUGAGGUUUACACAGAGUUCCUGAAUAUUCAGAUCAGAAAUUUGAAGCAAAAAUAUGGCCCAGAAAAAAGCCUUGAGUGCAUUAAGAUGAUUGCAAAACUGGCUUUUAACCAGCUGGAGAAAAGCAGCCUGAUCUUCAGUGAAGAACUAACAGAGGAUGAAAGCACUUUCACAGAACCCUUAAAGCAUUCAAAUGCAUUCUUGUGGUUCUUUAAAGAGGAUCAUCAGCUGAAGAAGGGCAGGAAAAAAGUGUUCAGCUUUGUCCAUCAGAGUGUAGUGGAGUUUUUGGCUGCUCUGUUUGUGGUCUCAGACAUUAUUACUGAAGACAAUUUGGCUCAGUCACAGAAUUGUUUGAAGAGACCUGGAAAUGUUUUCAGCCAAACAUAUAUACCAGAGAUCUACAGCAACACUGUUGACAAAACCGUAAAGAGUCUGGAUGGACAUCUGGACUUGUUCCUUCGCUUCCUCCUGGGCCUUUCACAGCAGACCAACAAACCUCUAUUACAAGACCUGCUGCCAACAAGAAGUAGCUCACAGACCAUUAGGCUAAUAGUAGAACAUGUGAAAAAGAAAGUCAGAGAAAAUCCAUCUCCUGAGAGAAGAAUCAGCCUGUUCCUCUGUCUGAAUGAGCUGAAGGAUGGUUCUCCAGUGGAGGAGAUCCAGCAAUUCCUGAGAUCAGGAACAGUCUUAGAUGACCUUUCUCCUGCUCAGUGGUCAGCUCUGGUCUUCAUGAUAUUGUCAUCACAAAAAGAUCUGACUGUGUUUGACCUGAAAGAAUACUCUGGUUCAGAAAAGGCUCUUCUGGGUCUGCUGCCAGUGGUUGAAGCAUCUAACAAAGCUCUGUUCAGUUGCUGUAACCUCUCAGAGAGGAGCUAUGAAGCUCUGUGUUCACUUCUCAGCUCCCAGUUCUGCAGUGUGAGUGAGCUGGACCUUAGUAACAACAGACAGCAGGAUUCAGGCGUGAAGCUGAUUUCUGCAGUACUCAAUAAUCCACACUGUAAACUGCAAACUCUCAGGCUGAAUGGCUGUAACCUGUCAGAGAGAAGCUGUGAACCUCUAUGUUCCCUUCUCAGCUCCAAGUCCUGCAAUCUAAGAGAGUUGGACCUGAGUAACAAUAAGCUCCAGGAUUCAGGCAUGAAGCUUCUCUCAGCUGGAUUGAAGAGUCCACACUGUAAACUGGAAACUCUGAGGCUGAGUAACUGUAACCUAUCAGAGAGAAGCUGUAAUGAUCUGUUCUCAGUUCUCCGCUCCCAGUCAUGUAGUCUGAAAGAGCUCGACCUGAGUAACAACAAGCUGCGGCUGUCAGGAAAAAACCUGCAUGAAAGCUCUACAAAGACCAUUGUCUGGACAAGUAACAUCUCAAAGUACAAGGACAUCAUCUCCAACAGUGAUCUGAUCCGUUCAGGACCUCCUGCUGUUUACCAACUGAGAACAAAAAAACAGAAGUUUGGAACUCUGACAAGAAUGACUGUUGGUGAAAAAAAUCCAGACAAGCCAAAUAAAACCAUCUUACUUGUGGGUGAAACAGAAGCAGGAAAAUCUACUAUGAUCAACGCUCUGUGUAACUACAGCAUGGGAGUGAAGUGGGAGGAUGAAACCUGGUUUUAUAUCGUAGAGGAGGAGAAGAAAAGUCAGGCAGAAAGUCAGACAUUAGAUGUGAUCGUGUACGAGAUCUUUGGUUUUGAAGAUAAAACUCUUCCCUACUCUCUGACCAUCAUCGAUACUCCUGGAUAUGGAGACAUCAGAGGGAUUAAACAUGACAUCAUCAGUCAAAGAUUAUUGGACUUGUUUGGAUCAGAGAAUGGAGUUCAUGAAGUUCAUGCAGUGGGUCUGGUGAUGAAAAUGUCAGAAUAUCGACUGAGUGACCGACUGAUAAAUGUCUUUGAUUCAGUGAUGUCUCUGUUUGGAAAAAACAUGGAGAAAAAUGUUGUAGCUCUGAUCACACACUCAGAUGGAAGACAUCCUAAAAAUGCUUUUCAAGCUCUUGAAGCAGCAAACAUUAAAUGUGCCAAAAAUGAGAAGAAUCAGCCUGUUCACUUCCUGUUUGAUAACUGCCAGCAUGAAGAGCGAACAGAGGAAAAUGAAAUUGGUUUGGAAUUUGUAUGGACAGUAACAGAGAGAGGAAUGAGAGAAUUCACAGCCUUUCUGGAAAAAGCUACAGCUCAAAAACUGAUGAUAACUGUGGAAGUUCUGAAUAAACGAAUCAGACUGACAACCUGCAUCCAAAACCUGAAAGAUAGAUUUGGCCUGACUGAACUGAAACAGUUUCCAGAAGGUUUGAAGAAAAAGAAAAAUUAUAGGAAAAGAAAAGACAAUCUUUUGGAAAACCCUGAAAAGGAAAUUAUCCAACAGACAGCAGAGGAGUCACAGUUACUAAAUGAGUCCUACAAACUUGCUGUCAAACUGGAUGAGCAAGCUCUGAAAGCUGAUUCAGCGUCUACCAUUGUCCACUGGGACUUCCUGAUUGAGAAGAUGAAGGAGAGAGGAGACACAGAGAAGGUCCAGAAACUGGAGGAGAUGAGAAGCAGAGUGGAUGAAGGAUCCAGAGCAGCUCUGCGGUUCAAACAGCAGCUGGGAAAAUAUUUAAAAAUGGACUGAAGAAGGUUCACAUUCAUUCGUUUUGUAAUAGUGUUAUAUUUUUUAAUACCUUAACAGAACUUUGAUGCAAAUUUAAAUGAUACAGCAGCUAUAAUUUUACACGAGUAUAUGAAGUCCACAGUGUGUUGCUGUGACUGUGCUUUAACCGCAGUGAGGUCGCCCCCUGCUGUUAAUGAUCAGUACAACAGUGUGUGAGAACAGCUCCCUCCCUCCCUGAUAUCACAAACUAAACACAAAGUCACUCUGUGUUUUCCACAAAUGCAUGUGUUUCUGUCACGUGGUUAUAAUGUUGUUCUAAUGUUAUCAGUGUGAGCUUUAUUCUGCUGCUCCUCUCAUGGUGACUCAGUGUCAGUAAAGUGGUUGUGAGACAGUAAUAUGUCACUGACAUGAUCCAGAAACAGUCCAACAUGUUGUUGUCUAAUCAGUGAGUACAGAGGAUGUUAGACACUGAACUCAGACACAGUGUAGAAAUAGUCAAUCCAACUUUGACUCUUCAGUGUUUGUGAAGAGUCCAGUCCUGAAAUCUGAUCUUCUUUCAUCUGACUGAUAGUUUGGAUUCUUCAUGUGUGUUCAUGCUCUGAAUGACUGCUUGAAUUAUUUCUGAUGACUCAGGCUGAGUGGAAACAUUUGGAUCCUUUCAUGUUGGACUUGAUUUGUUCAAAUUCUCUAUAUUCUGUUCUUCCACAUGAAAUCAUCUCCUGCUUGAUGCACUUUUCUGUCAAUCCUCAAUAGAAUCUCAGCUUCAUUCA